ACCAAUGCGCAGCCAGUGUGCAGUUCAACGAGCCAAUAAAAGAGAGUAGAAGAACAGCGCAAACACGGGACUUGAACAUCAGCGCCGGACAGCAAACAUGUCAGCACCAUCUCUGCUUAUAGCCGUUGACUUCGGAACUGCAUACAGUGGCUACUGCUUCAGCGUCGAUGCGAAUCAUGAAGCAACACUGACAAACAAGACAUAUCAGACAGAUACUGUUGUUCUUUUCAACGAAAACCAAGAAUUUGUGGGGUUCGGAGAGAAAGCUCUGGCUGUCUACACAAAAAUGCAGUCCAGUCAAGCCUGCCGUUUCUAUUUCUUCCAGAAUUUUAAAAUGGAGCUGUACACUCAGAACAUUACAGAAAAUCUAAUGAUCUCUGCAAAGGAUGGCAAGCAGCUUCCAGCCAUUAAGGUCUUCUCUGAGAGCUUGCGUUACCUGAAAGAGCAUGCCUUGAGUACCGUGAAAGCAAAUGUUCCUGAUUUCCAGUUUGUUCCUCAAGAUAUAACCUGGGUGCUGACAGUACCUGCCAUCUGGAAUAAUGCAGCAAAAGAGUUCAUGAGGCGGGCUGCCAAAGAGGCAGGACUGAUUGAAGACAUUCUCUCAGAAAAUUUGAUCCUUGCACUGGAGCCUGAAGCUGCAUCUUUGUGGUGUAAACAGCUGCCCAGCACUGGCUUCAUAGAAGAACAUCUUGAGGGAUCAGAUGAGUUGAAGGUUCAACAGAAACCAGGAACACGUUAUGUUGUUGUGGACUGUGGAGGUGGUACAGUUGACAUCACUGUACAUGAGGUACUGGAGGAUGGUUCCCUGAAUGAGCUUCAGAAGGCUUCUGGAGGAGGCUGGGGAAGCUUUUCCGUGGAUGAAAAAUUCCAAAACUUCCUGAGAGAGCUUUUUGGCCCAGUCGUGUGGGAUAUAUAUGAAUUAGAAUAUCCAAGUGAGCUACUAAAGAUGAUGCACAACUUUAGCAUUCAGAAAUGCACUGAAAACAAUGACAUAUACAUUAUCUGUCCAUAUAAUUUAGCAAAACUAGCCUCAGCGGUACAAGAAAUAUCUAGCUUCUUUAAUCAGGUGGAGGGAGUUUAUUGGAGUGAAGGAAAUAUUAAACUAACUUACAGCAAACUGGCUAGCUUUUUUGAUGAAAGUAUAAAAAAUAUUGUGAGGAUGAUAAAAGAAAUUCUGGACACACCAGAAAUCGACAUUAAUUUUAUUCUGUUGGUGGGUGGCUAUGCCUCCAAUGGUCGGUUAAGAGAAGUAGUCCGGAAGGAAUUUAGCAGUCAGUGCAAAAUCCUGUGUCCCUGUGAAUCCCAGCAGGCCAUUGCAAAGGGUGCAAUUAUGUUUGGGACUGACCCAAAGAUCAUUCGUUCCCGAGUUAGUCCCAUGACCUAUGGAGUUUCUGUCUGUAAACCAUUUGAUCCUAACAAGCAUAACCCUAACAUGAUAAGUGUGAACAAAACAGGAGGUGACUGUUACUGUACUGGCUUGUUUCAGAGGCUUGUAGAAAAGGAUCAGCCUGUCAACUUUGAUGAUGUGUCUGAGUUUAUGUUCUUCCCAGUAAACGUUGACCAGACUGAGGCCUGUUUUGAUUUUUUUGCUACAGACCAGUCAGAUGCAAUGUAUAUUAAUGAUCAGGGAGUACAGAAAGUGGGUUCCUUUGUUUUGCCCAUGCCUGACAUUACUUUGGGUAGAUAUCGAGAAAUAAAGAUGGAAGUCAGGUUUGGUUUAUCAGAAAUAAAGGCUAAUGCCACUGACUUGUCUUCUGGAGAGUCAGGAAAAACUGAAAUAAAAUUCAUUUUGAAAUAAACCAAUGCAUCAUUGUCCUGAGUUACAGUCAAUAAAAUAAUAAAACAUUUACAUAGAGUCGUGUCACUGGAUCUUAAAAAAAUGACAAAUAUAUA